AUGGACGCCGUCAUGCUGGAGGCGUCAACGUCGUCCACCGCCAUGCUGGAGGCGCCAACGUCGUCCACCGCCAUGCUGCUGGAGGCGUCAACGUCGUCGCAGCAGCAGUCCGGCGAGGCGGCGCUGUACCCGUACCUGCACGUCCCCGGCGUCCGGUUCGUCCCGACCGACCAGGAGCUCAUCCUCUGCUACCUCCGGAGCAAGCUGCGCGGCGAUCCGCCCCCGACCACGCUCGUGCACGACGACGACGUGUACGCGGAGCACCCCCAGAUUCUCACGGAGAGGCUGGGCCCGAGCGUGGAGGACUACUGGUACGUGUUCACGCAGAGGAACCGCAAGUACGCCAAGGGGGGGCGGCCGAGCCGGAACACGGGCGACACGGGCCGCUGGAAGUCGGUGGGCAAGAACAUGCCGGUCACCUACGGGAAGGAGAAGGCGACGAUCGGUUUCAGGAACUCUCUGGCGUACGAGGUGUUCCUCUACGACGACGGCGGCGACUCCAAGAAGAAGCGGAUAGAGAAGACGGAGUGGAAGAUGGCCGAGUUCGUGGACGUGGACUCCAACAUGCCCGUCUCGUCCGCCCCCAACUUCAUGCUGCUCAACGAGUGGGUGCUGUGCAGGAUAACACGCAAGCCGGAGAAGAAGAAAGGGGAGGAGGAGGAUCCCGGCGCCUCUCCGGCGGACGAGGUGGUGGAGGAGGAGGAAGGGGCGGAGGAGGAGCACGAGCCGUCAUCGAUGAUGCUUGUCGACGAGCCGCUGACGGACACCAGCCCCGACACGUCGCAGCAAGCGCAGGCGACGGCGUCUGCCGGCCUCUUACGCAACGGCGCCAACUGGUCGGACAGCACCGCCGACAGCCAGGUCGAAGCAUCCGGUUCCGGCGCCGAUCCCCAACAGACUGCUGACGACGACCCGUUCGAGUCUCUUGAUCUGGGGCCCUUGUCGAGUGGGAACAGUCUUGGCCAUGUCUUCACGAUUGAUCCAUGGGCCUGGAACCUGUAUUAUCCAGAGGGCGCCGAUAUUGAUUCGUCCGGCAGCCGGCUCCGAACGCCCAGCGACCCUGAUCCGAUGGAGACCCCGUCGGAACCACCUGCUGCUCCUCAGCCUCGGCAUUUCGUCACCGAUCUUCCCUCCUCCACCGACGACGGUCGUCUUGAACAUGCCAAGGUGAUUCGCAAGAGAAAAGAAGACGCCAGGGCGAGCGGUGACGACGCCGGGAAGAAGGGCAACGCGGCAGUAAAGAAGAGCUCCGGGCGUGCAAAACCAGACGGCCAAAACUAA